AUGUUAAUGCCAUCUUGUGGAUUUAUUGUUAUAAUAAACAAAUACAGUACUUAUGUUGCCCUGAGUCAGGAGGUGGACUCAUCGAGCCUUAGGAGCUCCUCGGGAGACUCCUCCAAGACUGUGGGUCUCCUGAGCGGUCAGGCAACCCUCUCGCCACUGAGUCGCUGGAUGCUUCACGGCAGAGGCCGGGCCGCCAACGCCACUUCGCUGGAGCUGCCCUACCGCACACCUGCUGCUUUCUCCAAACAGGAGUUCUCCAAGCAGGAGUUCUGGGAGAUGCUGGGCAGCGACCUCCUCAAACCAGAUGCCUCGGGUUCCCGUGUCAAACGGCGGCCCAUCGUCAAGACGGGCAAGUUUAAAAAGAUGUUUGGCUGGGGAGAUUUCUACUCCAACAUCAAGACGGUACGGCUGAAUUUGCUCAUCACCGGCAAGAUCGUAGAUCAUGGCAACGGUACGUUUAGCGUCUACUUCCGCCACAACUCCACUGGGCAGGGCAACAUCUCAGUGAGCUUGGUGCCCCCAGUCAAGGCUGUGGAGUUUGACCUAGAGCGCCAGAGUGUGGUCUACCCAAAGGACUCCAAGAUUUUCAACUGCCGUGUGGACUACGAGAAGGUGGACCGCAGCAAGCGUACCUCGCUGUGCAACUACGACCCAUCCAAGACCUGUUUCCAGGAGCAGAUCCAGAGCCACGUGUCCUGGAUUUGCUCAAAGCCUUUUAAAGUCAUCUGCAUCUACAUUUCCUUUUACAGCACAGACUAUCGCUUGGUACAAAAGGUCUGCCCGGACUACAACUACCACAAUGAGAUGCCCUAUUUGCCAUCGGGGUAG